CUAGCAAGGGAAGCGGGAGAGCUAACGGAGGCCAUUGCUUCUCUUAUCAUCUAUCUACUUAGCAUCGACCCCUCAAGCCACUAGAUUCGUGCCUGAUCAGUUCAGUAUGGUUAUUCUGUCGCUUCGCAUGGUAAUUGAUAAACGAUGACGUUGGUAGCGUUUCACCGGUCCAGAUUCUCACUGUUCCCUUUUAGAAGUGUUUCGCUUUCGCAUGUUUACAUAUUUGAUAUUUGUAUAUCUAUAGAAGUCAGUCUCAACAGCCACGAACUACGCUCGACACGGAUGAAAUUAUUAAGAUAGUUGCACUACACAAUUCAGUAUAUAAGUAUCCUGCUCCACCAUCAGCAUCAUUUUGGCGAGACAGGCAAACACCUACUACAGUAAAGCCUUUUGAGUAUCGCGCUGUGGAUCCCCUCGUGCUUAUUAUUAGUGGGUCGUCUUUCAUUGUACGGGUCGGCAUUUCUAACGGGGUGGCGGCUUUCGACGGGGCGUCCUCUAAUAAUGUAAUUCAGCAACUACUACAGGAAGGUCGGAAUUCAGUCCACUAAGUAAUGUGAGAAGGUAGACUUGCGCUGUAAUUUGGUCGAGCUUGUUUGAGAGUCUUCUUGUCUUCUUCUGUUGAUCGAUGGACGACGACGGCGUAGACUUCUCUUAUAUGUAAUCACGCACGUGAUGUAUCGCACUGAUGACAUGUUCAUGCAUUGACAUCGAGAAACUUUUGCGCUAUAUCCAAAGACGAAGAACGUUGUGCAGGAUUGCAAUCUAUGCGAUAACUUCUGACAUGUUGAGCAGAGUGAU